GUUUGGUAACUCAUGGUUCAUGAGCGUCCCCCUGGAGGGUCACCACCGGAGAGGUUGCACCGCUUAUGUAGCUGGGACGGUCAGUGUACUGCUGGUAUCUACUAGUACUUAGAAGGAGGCAGAAAUGGCGAGAGCACUUAUGAGUGGAGGAUGGUUUGAUGCUUUUGUUCUCGGUCAAGCCCGCUGCCCAUGCUGCAGGGGCUUUCAGGUGGUUGCCGACACCGGCAUGGGACGGCGCCAUGUAGCCGUAGACGUUAUCGAAAGCAAGCUCGGGGCAAUGCUUCUCAAGGAGGGAUCUGAUCGUCAUAGUGCCAUUCUGCUAUUGCGAGACAGUAGGUGGCUUCGUUCCAGUCCGACGAUCUUACGAGUCCUUGGGCAGAUGACGGGAAACAGAUCUGGCUCGUUCCCGUGUUCCCAAACAAAGAGCUUCUGGUGUCCCCGAGUGACUUGCAGGCCAAAGGAACAGUAUCUAGGAGGGUCUGCCGCCCGCUGGACCGAUUUGCACCGAGACCGCGGUUGGAGCCGUGGCAGAACUUCACGUCUUUCCGGGUGUUGUAGGACUCAAAGUAGGACGGCCCAAUGGUUAUGGUUGUUGGUUAGUCGGGAGACCGUGCCGGGUCAACGGUGCCGUUGAGGGCGCAAGGAAGCGAGGCAUCAUAGAGAGCAUAGGUACUAGUAGUCCUGGGUGUUGCCGCCAACGCGAAUGUAAGGCUUGGUACUAAUGGUACGUCCAAUGUUCUCCAAGAGGGUGUCCGAGUAGGUGUCCGGGUGCGACUUGUUCCCUGAGAGCGUCAAGCCAAGCUCAGGGGUAGUAA